AUGGACUUUUUGGAUCGAGUUGUAAAGCCCAAAACGAAAAGAGCCAAGAGAUUCCUUGAGAAGAGAGAACCGAAACUCAGUGAAAAUAUUAAAAAUGCCAUGCUGAUUAAAGGGGGAAAUGCAAAUUCAAUGGUGACACAAGUACUUAAAGAUGUGUAUGCACUGAAAAAACCGUACGGAGUUCUGUAUAAAAAGAAAAACAUUACAAGACCAUUUGAGGAUCAGACAUCAUUGGAAUUCUUAUCAAAGAAGUCAAAUUGUUCUUUAUUUAUGUUUGGCUCCCAUAAUAAGCGGCCAAAUAAUCUAGUAAUAGGUCGUAUGUAUGACUACCAUGUGCUGGAUAUGAUUGAGUUGGGUAUCGAGAAGUUUGUCUCUCUAAAAGAUAUUAAGAAUAGUAAAUGUCCUGAGGGAACAAAACCCAUGUUAAUAUUUGCUGGUUAUGAUUUUGAUGUAACAGAAGACUACAGAAGGCUAAAAAGUCUUCUUAUUGAUUUCUUCAGAGGCCCCACAGUACCAAAUAUCCGCCUGGCUGGUGUAGAGUAUGUUCUGCACUUCACUGCAUUGAAUGGGAAGAUUUACUUUCGAAGUUAUAAACUGCUGUUGAAGAAAUCUGGUUGUAGAACACCAAGGAUUGAAUUGGAAGAGAUAGGGCCCUCGUUAGAUCUGGUUCUGAGGAGCACACAUCUGGCGCCCCUGGCAUCAGAUGAUCUUUAUAAAUUAUCUAUGAAAAUGCCAAAAGUGCUCAAGCCAAAGAAGAAGAAAAACGUCUCCCAUCAUACUUUUGGUACAACUUAUGGAAGGAUUCAUAUGCAGAAGCAAGGCCUAAGCAAACUACAAACCAGGAAAAUGAAAGGGUUGAAGAAGUGA